GGUGCUGCAUCAGGCUCCGUUCUCAAUGGAGUGAAAAAAGAGAGGAGUCUGACACGAAACACGAUGUGAAAACGGGAGAAGUGCCCGUGGACGCAGUGGACAGCCCUGUUUCUUUGCUCGGACAGACAGUCACGAGACGGGGAAAGACGCCGCCAGCUGGCCCAGGAUCAGCAGCAUCCUUUACGCAUGACGCACUGGGAGCCCAUGCGUCCAGAGCACAGACUCCCAGCUCCACCUGAAACCACAGCGAGAGAGAGCGAAGGAGCGGUUUAACAAAAGCCGAAUAACACUGAACUACCUUAACUUGUGCAGAUGGUUUUCUUCAGCCACCGCGCAAUUGACUAAAGCUGAGAAGAGGUAGCCUUUGCUCUCCGCUGAGGGAUGCGCACUCGGCUCACCUGUGACCAAACUUUGACGUCUGACGGAUGUGUCUCUGGUCUCUCCUUUUUCAUUAAAGUUUGGUUAAACGCCGUGUCUAGACUUGGCGUCUAUAGGGUCACUUGUUCUGGCGAUGGGGACGGACUUUGUUCCAAACCUGCGUCACCUGUGAACGUUUGGAUUGUGCAGCAGCAGACACAAUGCGGUGCUGGGUCAGAACUAGAGCCAUCCGCAGGCAGAUUCUGUGUCUUUGGUUUCUGCUGCUCGGUCUCGCUCUGGUAACGCUUGGCCUUUUGGACCUGGCCUCCCCAGACCCGACCCUUCCAAAAGAUAAACACCCUCCACGCCACCCGUUCGGACGGGCACCGGAGACCCCCGACCUGGAGGUUAUUGUGGAUUCCCGAGACCCUGCACCGGACCGGGAUGUCGCUCUCUCGCCCCUCACUUCUCUUCAAGAGGAGGAACUUUUAUUCGUCGCAUCUUCGGCUCAAGGGAGCAAGACCCCGAGACCCCUGAAAAGGGGGCCAUACAAGAUGAUAAUGCGGGGGAAGAAUACGGAUAGGCCUACUGUUCCGGCGUCCACGACGAACGAUAGUGUGGAUACGAAAACGCCUCAGUUGGAUGAUCUGAGAGGGGGUGAUGAAGGGACGAAAACAACGAUUAUGGCAUUGCGUCGCACCUGGCCCGAGUCGCGCCAUCCUGCGUGCGUUGGCGAGCAGUACAGCGAGUCGCUGCCGUCCACCAGCGUGGUGAUCUGUUUCCAGGAAGAGGCUCGGGCCACCCUGCUACGGACCGUGCACAACGUGCUCGACACCGUGCCCAAGGAGUAUCUGAGCGAGAUUCUGCUGGUGGAUGACUUUCAAAAUGAACCACUGGGGAGUGAUUUGAGUGAGUACAUAGCGCUCCUGGACGGGGUGCGCUUAGUUCAAAGCCCGGGGCAUCUGGGCACUGCGCAGUGCCGUUCUCUGGGGGCGUCCGAGGCCGUGGGCGAGGUCCUGGUGUUCAUGGACGCCCACUGCGAGUGUCAGGAGGACUGGCUGGAGCCGCUGCUGGAGAGGGUGGCCCAGGACAGGACUCGUGUCGUGUCUCCCGUUAUGGAUUUGAUAGACUGGCACACCUUCCAGUACAACGCCACCCGGUGGCCAGUUAGGGGAGUGUUUGACUGGAGACUGGACUUUCACUGGGAAUCAUACCCACAACCUCAAGCUUUAGACAAAGACUCAGUUGUUCAACCGGUCAGCAGUCCAGUUUUGGGAGGUGAAGUCCUGGCCGUGGACAGACACUUCUUCCUGAGUGUUGGAGGAUAUGACCCGGACAUGCUGCUGAGGGGGGCGGAGCAGAUUGAACUGUCAAUCAGGGUGUGGUCGUGCGGGGGGUCCUUGGAGGUGGUUCCCUGCUCCCGUGUGGCCCGCCUGGACCACCCCCCGCCCCACACGCCCCCCGACCACGAGCUACUGCAGAAGAACAAGAUCCGCCUGGCUGACAGCUGGAUGGACGCGUACGGGAAGAUCUUCUACCGCAGAGACCCGCUGGCGCACUUCAUCAGUCAGUCGGAGAGUCCUAACAUCACGGAGCGGGUCAGGCUCAAGGAGAGCCUUGGUUGCAGGGACUUCCACUGGUUCUUGUCUACGGUCUACCCUCAACUCUACAUACCCCAGGACAGACCAGGGCUGUCUGGAGAGCUGUACAACGUUGGCACUGGCUCCUGUGCAGAUCUCCCUGGAGAGAGGACUCUUCAGAAUGGGACCAUGAGCAUAGCCCCAUGCAGUGGCACAGGCAAACAGCUCUGUGAGCUGAACUCCCAGGGGGAGGUGCGAUGGGGAGCGGCCGGGGACCUGUGUUUUGACGGCAGGGGGGAGAGGAUUACCCUGGCCCCCUGCCCCAGCCACCAGCCCACCCAAGGCCAACUCCAGUGGAGGUUCCUGAAGCUGAGCGGACAGCUAGUCCACAUGCAGUCCCAACUCUGCGUGGAGGCUACGAGAGAUGACGGAUCUUCACAGGGGGGCAGCGGCCUCUUCCUUCGCCCCUGCAUUCGUCACCCCCGGCAACAGUGGCACUUUGAGCAGUUGGUGGCCCCCUGAUAUGAGGAGGGCGCAGAGAUCUAUAGUUACAUUUUUGAUGUUUUAAUCAUAAACGUGUGUAUGAAGCAUUCAUACAGCAAUCAUGUAUGGGUACAUCAGCAUGCUGGAUUGGGCAUUAAAUGAGAGAGCAGUGAGCAGCCAUACAAUAUUAUUCUAUAUUUCCUGUUUUAAGGAUUGUAAAUAAUGUUCACCUUUUUGAAUGUUUGA